CUCCAGUGAACAGUGUUAGUGAGAGGGUGAAUGAAGACGGUGGAAACUGCCUGCGAAGGUAUUCGAUGAGCAUCUGAGGCUGAUGGUAUUGUUGAGUAUGGAAAACGCCAUGUUCCCCUCAUUUUGCACUGGGAAUCGUCAUUUUCCACGUUGGGCAGGUCAGAAACUCACGUCUGCCUCUCAGAGGUUGAUACUCAUGAUAGUGUCAUACAGAUAGCUAGACGUUGGCCUAAGAUGAAAUGUCUUGCAAACGGUCCGCUUAGUGUCAAACGCAUUUCUCGGCGCUUUUGUGUGCUCGUUUGCAUCGCUGGUGGCUUGUUUCUCAUCAGCUCGGCGGGCAGAUAUUGUUACUCUCCUGGCUACCUCACUACUGGGCUUCAGCUGAAAGUGCCUUGAAGUCACGAAUCACUACGAAGUAUGUUAACCAAUGUGAAAAUGAAGCCG